UCUGUUCUGUUCAAGAUAAACAAAGAAUCAAUCACACCACAACCCUCAUCUUACCUGUCUCCUUCUCAUCGACUUUAUUCCUCUCCAUUGCUAAAGAAUUAGUUCUCUUCCAACAGGACAAAACAACAAAACAAACAAAAAUGGGAUGUUUCAGUUCUUCUGGUAAGAGAUCAAAAACUGCCUCACCCAUGAAGUACUCAGCAUCAGAAGUUGUAAUCCCAUCAAAACAACAAAACCCAGAAUCCACAAACCUCAAACAAGAAGUUCUACUGCAGAUUCCAGGAUGCACAGUCCAUCUGAUGGACGAAGGAGAAGCUCUGGAGCUCGCAAAGGGCGAGUUCAUGGUUAUGAAAAUAAUGGAAGAAAGUGUUUGUCUUGCUACCAUCAUAAGAGUUGGAAAUGAUCUUCAGUGGCCGUUGACGAAAGACGAGCCGGUAGUGAAGCUUGAUUCUCUACACUACUUGUUCUCACUGCCAAUGAAUGAUGGCGAUCCAUUAAGCUAUGGAGUUACAUUCCCAGAACAAUAUGUUAGCAGUUUAGGCUCUCUGGAUUUGUUUCUGAUUGAACACUCAUGCUUUACCGGUCCGGUGUCGAUUAGAAGCAGAGAAUACGUUGAUUGGAGAGAUUUUGCUCCAAAGAUUGAAGAUUAUAACAAUUUUCUCGCUAAAGCAAUUGCUGGAGGUUCUGGUCAUAUUGUCAAGGGGAUGUUCAAAUGCAGCAAUGCUUAUGCCAACCAGGUCCAUAAAGGAGGGGAAAUGAUUUUAACUGGUGCUGAAGAGCAGAAAAAUGGUGUACAAGCUGGAGUUAGUAACAGUGCCAAAAGCAAUGGGACCGGGAGGAAGAAGACGGGAAUCAACAAAACCUUGAAUCGUGUGAAGAAACUGUCAAAGAUGACAGAAAAGCUUAGCAAAACUAUGCUUAAUGGUGUUGGUGUUGUUACUGGAUCUGUGAUAACUCCUGUGAUUAAAUCCCAAGCAGGGAAGGCAUUUCUGACCAUGGUGCCAGGGGAGGUCCUCUUGGCUUCUCUUGAUGCUGUCAAUAGGAUUGUAGAUGCCGCUGAAGCUGCUGAAAAACAAGCCUUUUCUGCCACAUCCAGUGCUACAACCAGAAUGGUCAGUAACAGGUUUGGAGAAAAUGCAGGGGAGGCGACGGAGGAUGUGCUUGCGACCGCGGGUCACUGUGCUAACACUGCCUGGAAUGUCUUCAAGAUACGAAAGGCCUUCAAUCCAACAUCAUCAGUCUCCUCUGGAGUACUGAAAAAUGCAGACAAUAACAGAAACAAAAGAAUUUGAAAACCAGGAAAAGAAAGUUCCAAGUUCUUAUUGAGGUUUAUGUAAUGUACCCAUUUCUAUUUGUGACUUCUUCUAUUAAUCCAGAGCUCCUAAUGGACAACCUAUCACUCCUGUUGUUUCAAACUAGAUAAAUCUGAAUUGACAAGCCUAGCCUACAAAUUUUCUCUUUUGUAUUUAUAUAAUUGCAGGGUUAAUGAUUAUCAGCCACUCAUAUCAAUAAUAUUGUCCGAUUUUAGCUUA